UUUUCCCGAUUACCCACAAUGCACCACCAGCCGCCAUUUUGGUAGGCGGUCUGUGUCAACAAAGGCUCAGUCGUCCUAUUGUUAUGCAAAUAUGCCGACUACCUGUGCCGUUGUUAAGUGUCACAACCGGUCGGGUCGCGAUAAGGUUAGCUUUUAUCGUAUCCCAGUUGUCAUCAAAGGUCAAGGCGAAGCAACUGAGAGGAAAAGCGAGCGUUGUAGACGACUCUGGCUUGCUGCAAUCAACCGGGCGGAUGUCGAUGAAAAAACAUGCAACAAGCUUCGUGUGUGCUCUGAUCAUUUCAUAUCAGGUGCAAGAAACAAAUAUGAUGAAACAAACCCAGACUGGGUUCCCAACAAGAAUCUGGGAUAUGAUGUAAAAUCUCCAACGAAGUCAGCGAUCCGCCACGAGAGGUUACAAAACCGAAAACAGACAAUUAAGAUGAAUGAAGCUGCAAUAUCUCUUUUGGAACUAAGUGCCUCGGUUUCUGAACCUCCAUGUGCAGAGGAAGUUGAUGGUGUUGACAGUACAGAAGCAACCGAUACUGAGUUAACAGAUGCAGAGAUGCUUGAAUUUGCAAAUGAAAGAAUUUCCGAGUUGGAAUUUGAGAAUGCAAGACUGAAAGAGCAGAAUGAGUGUUUGCAGAAUAUUGUACACAAAAUGAAAGCCAAUUUACCUGAGGAUUUUGAAGAUGACAAUGAUAAAGUGAAAUAUUACACAGGUUUACCAAGUUUCACAAUUCUAAUGGCACUGUUCAACCUUCUAGCACCCGAUAUGCAUGAAAAUGGAAAUAGCUCACUGAACAAAUUCCAGAAAAUAAUUCUGACACUCAUGAGACUGCGACUUAAUUUACCAAUUACAGAUCUCAGCUAUCGUUUUGGUGUUUCACGAACCACAGUGUCAAAGGUUUUCUUAGAUACAUUGCACUUGAUGCAUGAUAUCAUGGGGCCUCUAGUGCGUUGGCCAGACAGGGAUGAACUUUACGAGACAAUGCCAAUGGUUUUUCGAAAACACUUUGGAAAGCAAGUUACCUGCAUUAUUGAUUGCUUUGAAAUUUUUAUUGAUCGCCCCUCAAAUCUGACAGCAAGAGCACAAACUUGGUCCAGCUACAAGCACCACAAUACUGCCAAAUACUUAAUUGCAAUUACCCCACAAGGGUCUGUGAGUUAUAUUUCCAAAGGAUGGGGUGGAAGAACCAGUGACAAGUUUUUGACUGCCCACUCAAACUUUCUUGACAAUCUCAGCCAUGGUGAUGUUAUUCUAGCUGACAGAGGGUUUGACAUUAAAGAAUUAGUUGCACUUGUUGGCGCUGAAGUGAAAUAUCCUGCAUUCAUGAGGAGAAAAAAGCAAAUGUGUGGACCAGAGGUAGAAGGAACAAGGAAAAUUGCCAAUGUUCGCAUACAUGUUGAAAGGGUUAUUGGAACAGUCAGGCAGAAGUUCAUGAUCCUUGGUGCCACCAUUCCAAUUGACUAUCUCAUUUCUAAACCUGAAGAAGAGUAUGUAAUACUGGACAAGAUAGUCACAGUUUGUUGUUCACUAAUUUGUGCCCCUCUGUUGUACCAUUCGACUAACCAUCAAAGGUUUGCUUGCAGAAGCUCGCUUCUGUAA